UUACAGAUUAAGCGCUUCUCCUCGGAGAGGAAAGAGCGAAAGGCAGCUAAUUUGCCUUAAGUUUUUUUUUUGUCAAGAUUAUCAUCAACUUACACGUUUCCGGGUGCGUUGAGGACAUUAUAUUAAAAGGGAAAAAAGUUUUUUGUUCUGUGUCAUUAUGAGUCUGGACCCAUCAGCUUUGCAUGAUGGCUUCUUUUAGAAACUUUAAUGGAAUACACGGCGCACUGCAGGAAAACAACUUUUAUGAAGAAUACUGUGAUUUUCUAGUUUUGGUUUUGUGACUUUUCAGCUGGUGGGAUAGCGGUCGCGGGACACUUUGUUGCUGCUGAGUUUCUCGAUGGCGUAGGUGGUGGCAAGACUUUUCAAAACACCUUAAGGACAAGGAUUUCGUAUUUAUAAAGUACACACGUCUGGAUUAUGUGCACGGAAGAAUCUGGAGUGUAUUAAACAGUGAAAACCCGCCAUCAAUACUUUUGGAGGACGGAAAUGCGGAGUAAAAACGGCGUCUAGAAGGAUGCUGUUGCUUGUACAAUGGAAGUGAAGAACUCUUUUGCUGUUGCGGUGGUUUGUCUCUUCUUAUGCUCCAGUUUCAGCCAAGAACUCAACCCUAAAGGCAGGAAUGUAUGCAAAGCACCUGGGUCAUCAGGAUCAGUGUGCUGCAGUGGAUGGGGGCAGCUAGGGGAUGAAUGCCUGACACCUCUCUGUGAAGGCAACUUCACCUGCAAGGAAAAUGAGGUGUGUGUCAGGCCGAAUGAAUGCCGCUGUCGUCAUGGAUACUUUGGAGCUAGCUGUGACACUAAGUGUCCUGCCCAGUUCUGGGGUCCUGACUGCAAGGGGAAAUGUAAUUGUUACCCCAAUGGCCAGUGCGAUGACUUGACCGGCGAGUGUACCUGCAACCACAAUCGUUGGGGACCAAACUGCGAGAACACGUGCUUAUGCCAAAAGGGCAAAUGUGAUCAAGAGACAGGCAAAUGCACGUGCCAUCCUGGUGUUUGGGGUCCGCAGUGCAACAACAACUGCUACUGCAGCAUCAACUCUGUCUGUGAUGCGAUGACAGGCCGUUGCCUGUGCAACCCAGGCUGGACAGGAAGGAACUGUGCAAUCCAGUGUAACUGUAACGGUUCACCAUGUGACCAGUUCACGGGACGUUGCCAGUGCCGGGAGAGGCUGUGGGGCCCACGGUGUGAACGAUACUGCCAGUGCGUCCACGGCAAAUGCAACCAAGCUGACGGCUCGUGUACCUGCACACCAGGGUACCGUGGGAAGUUCUGCAGGGAACCAUGUCCUGCUGGAUUCUAUGGUCAAAACUGUAGGAACAGGUGUGGGCACUGCAAAGGCCAGCAGCCGUGUAAGGUGACAGAGGGACGCUGCAUCACCUGCGACAGAGGCUGGAAUGGGACACGGUGUGAUCAGCUCUGCUCCAAGGGCUUCUUUGGCGAAAACUGCCAGGAAGUGUGCCCCACCUGUAAAGACGGUCACCACUGUGACCCCAUUCAUGGCAAGUGCUCUCACUGUAACCCUGGCUGGAUUGGGGACAGGUGCGAGGUGCGCUGCCCCAACGGCACGUACGGCGAGAACUGUGAGAACAACUGCAGUCACUGUUUUAACGGCAUCUGUCAUGUUGUCACCGGAGAAUGCCUGUGUGACCCAGGGUUUUACGGCACCUACUGCAAUAUGACCUGUCAACCUGGCCAGUAUGGAGUGAACUGCAAUCAAACCUGCUCUUGCCAUGACAAGAACUGUGAUCCUGUGUCUGGUGCCUGCUAUCUUCAGCCCAACCAGCGGAUGGGUGUGAUUGCGGCUGGAACCUUGGUCUCCUUUCUACUGAUUGUCCUCCUCUCGCUGCUGUGCUGCUGCUGCCUGUGUCGACACAAAGAUGACCACAACAAAAAAGCCAAGCGGAUCCUGUGUGGACGAUUCAGUCGAAUCAGCACUAAACUUCCCCGUAUUCCACUGAGGCGACAGAAACUGCCCAAAGUAGUCGUAGCCCACCACGACCCAGAGAACACCUUCAACUGCAGCUUCAUCGAACCCCCCUCAGUGGCUGAGCAGCCCUCCCCUUCCUCCUGGUCGUCCCAGGAGUCCUUCUCUUCCUUUGAGAGCGGAGACGAGGGGCCAGUUUACUGUGUGCCCCAUGAAGAAUCUGUGAAUGAAAGCAAAGAGAAGCGCAGCCCCAGCCCAGCAACAGAGAAGCCAGAAGCCAUCCCUAAUGAGGAGGAUGCAGGGGAGUAUACCUCCCUGAAAGACACCAGUAUCACAAAACCAGAAGGCAGCGAACAGCCCCUGCUCAAGUCUUCUGACAGCGAAGGCUCCACCAGCGGCUCUGAGUCCACAACUGCAGCUCUUUAUGCCCGCAUUGCUCGCCUGUCCAAGCAGUCCAAGGAGGAUGAUGGUAGCAGCAAGGAUGGGGAUGGCACUCCUACACCAGAGGCCAAGCGCAAUGGAAAACCACCACCUUCACCUGGCAAGCCAAAACCACGCCCACCAGACCCAUCCACUAAGCCCAAGAUAUCAUGGAUACACGGAAAUACCACAGGGUCCCCCCAGCCAGAACAGCAGGGACAGGGGGGAAUGAAGGCACUGGCAGUGCCAAAGGAAAAAAAGAGGAGCUCGAGCGAUGGCUCGUCCAAGAGCGAGGAGCGUCAGAAAAUGAAGGACAGAAACCGCGAGCAGCAGAAGAAACUGGAGGGGAAGGAGGCAGACGCCAAUAGUUCCCCCAGUAAACACAAACCUCUGCGAGGUAGGAAGUCUGGGGACGAGCACAGUGGUCCCAGUCACAUGGAGCACAUUAAUGGUGUUGUUCAGAAUGCCCUGAAGAAGAUUAGUAGCUUUCACAGUUCUUCAUCUGAGAAGAAGAGUGCUGACAGUCCAAAGGAGACCGCCAAGGAGCCGCCCAAGAGCCCUAAGGUCAUUCAUCCUCAUAUGAACUCUGAGGCUGCCACUCUGCUGGCUGCUCAGCUCAAGGAGAAAACCCAAAGCAUCAACAGAAACGAGGGGACAGGCCUGACGAAGACCAAUGGUCUCUCCACACCCAAGGGAAACCGGGAGAAGCCCACACCUCCCCAGAAAGCCAAGAGGACCCCCUCCAGUGGAUUGAAUCAGCAGAGUUCCACCAAGCCCCUGCUGCCCACCUCAAGCAGCCUCCAGAAGAUGGUGGCGCCUGUCACCACCGACCUCGGUAACCCUGAAGCCAAGAGCCCGGAGAAGCAGGACUUGAACGGGUCAAGAUCAGGGGACCCAAUGCUGGAUCCAACACCAAAGAAGACUCCAAUAAAAAAGCCACCCAGAAAGAAAGGCAAGGAGGGUACUUUGGAUACACCUGAAAGUAAAACACCCCAGCAAAAGACGGCCAUCAUGCCACCACAGGUAGUGAAAUAAGUGGUUUUUAAAGACAAAUGGCCCAAAGUUUGUGAUGGAUCUUAAAAAGACGAAAAUGGAUUUGUUGGAAAGUAAACCACGUAGUUUUUCAAUCAAGGAAUUUAAGCAUUUUCCUGUGUGAGUGUGCUGUGACGUCAGGACCAGUCAAGAGUGAGAAAUGCUUUUAAAUCGAGGGCAUAUUGGUGAGUUGUACUAUAAUGACCUUUAUACACCAUUGUAUUACAUUUCAAGAAUCCUUUUUUUGUGUAGCAACUAUAUAUCAAACUCACACCACAACCUGUGGCUAAUCCGGACACAACUGUGAGAACAGUGGCACUCAGACAUAAUCCAUAGUUCAUUCAUCUCUAUUCCUCUGCAGUAUGUCCACCACUAUAUUUAUAUACGGAUUGCUUUUGAGGUUGCAUAACUGUAAUUUGCUAUGCAGACGUCAGAAAAAAAAUAGCUAUUUCUAUGUACGCUCUCCACAGGUACUAAAGGUACUAAAAAUAAGAAAAUUUGGAUCCUCUGAGGAUUGCAAGCUAUUUGUUUCUGUUUGUUUUUUUUUCUCAUUUCAGUGGACCAACUGUAUAAUCCUCAUUUUUGACGUCAAGGCUACUUUUGGCAGAGGAGGGUCUACUUAAAUAUUGUCAAUUAAGAGCAGUGUGAUUUGUUGGAGAACUUUAAGGCAAUAAAGCCUUAUUUUCUUCACACUUGUUGCUAACAGAGCAGGUUUCACGUUGCUGCCCCAUGUUAUUAGAAAUAUCAGAAACAACUAAAUUUGAUAUGCCAAAGUACAGGAGUUAUGCUACAUUUAGGACUUAACUGUCGUCCACAAUUGUGAGUCACCUUUAAUUCCUGAGCUUUAUUGCUGCUUUCAGGGCUCUUCCAUAGGGAAAUAUAGCAUUUUUGGAUUUAAAGUCUUAGCUCUCUUUUGUCGAACUCUGUCAGACAUGGUUGGUUGAAGCCCAAACAAGCUUUUUGAUCUUUCUGCAAAAGGGGCUAUUUAAAAUCUCUUUCAUACUUCUGCUAACACCAAAUCACCAGAAUGUGCUCUUACUGUACAUUUUAUUCAGUCAGCUAAACCACUAAACCAAAAAUGAAUCCCCAAGCUAUCCUAUGUCCUCACUUUAUGUCAUGCUUCUAAAUCACUUUAAACUUGCUUAGUUCCUCUGUAUUACAGCAAUAUCUGCAGUUUCCCUAUGCUGCACUAAAGCAGACAUACUGCAGGACAAUUUCAUCCUGUAAAUCAGACACAAUAGAGAGUUUUGUUAAAGUAGUGGCUGUUAGUAGUUUUCUCCACAGAUCAGAUUAUAGGAGGAGGCAGCCAUGUGUCUUUAUUUGCUCUUUCAGUUUAGUCGAGAAACUAGGUCAUUAUCAUUUCACAUGAAUUUGUUUAUGCCAUCAGAAUAUUGUGUGAAAAAGAAUCCUGACAAAGAUGGAUCAAGGGUCCAUGUCAAGGAUUAUAUUUUCUUAAGCUAGUAGAUCCAUGCUGAACAAGGUGCUUUAAUUUCGUUGUUGUUCAUAAGGUAAGACUAUAGGACUAAAUGGUACCAUGCCUCAAGUGUUAAAAUGUGCCUCAACUGUGGAUCAGUUUAAGCAAAAGAAGCUAUGUUAGUUACUAAAUGUUUCAAGUGUUUAUCCUAAAAUAAAUCAACCAAAACGAGAUGGUCAGGUCGGAUACUUACUGGACUAAUUCAGUUUGACAAAAGGACAAAGAUUUUUUUUUUUUUUUUUUUUUGCAGUUACUGGUGGAUUUUGAAAGUAGCGCUUAAAACUUGAGCUAUGAACAGUGGGUGAUAGGCUUAAAUUUGUAACAAGUUAAUGUUAAUUGGUAUGCUUUAGGCUGAAGAAUGUUCUACAUUCACAGCUAAUUUGAAAAUUUUUCACGGUUUUAUGUGUUUUUAUCAAGGUACAACACAUUUCUUUGGUUAUUUUUUCAACAUUUUCUACUUGUAUACAUUGUGUACUUUUUAUUAUCUUUGUAAGCUGUGCUUAUAUGACCUUUUUAAUUCUUCUGUUUUCCUUGGUGUCAAUGAACUGGCUUUCAUGUUGUAUUUGCUUUUUUUUUUUUUGGUAUGUUGCUUAUUUUGGGCUCGGAAGCAAACCUACAGUAUGAGUACUUUCCUCCUGUAAAGUUUACAUUGGCUUUGUAAUUGUUCUCUGUUGAUGUUAUUGUUUGUGUAACACUUAACUGCAUGACGCAGAGUGUAAUUAUAAGGCAUUAAUAGCUGCACGGGAAAUCUGUAAUCUUCUUGUCUUGUUCCCCUCCAGUUGUUAUUAUUGCCUCCUGUAAAAAAAAAAAAAAAAAAAAAAAAAAAAAACCUCUUACAGAAAAGAUUGUACAAUACUACUAUGAUACCACUUUU